UCUCUCUCUCUCUCUUAUUAAUUCUUUAUUUAUUGAAAUGGAAAAUACAACAAAAAACACAAAAGAUAUACCAACACCUGCAUUACAAGAUAAAAACCUUCCUCGUGGAUCUUCCCUUUCUUCUAAUAGUAUUAGAAACAAUAACGACCAUAGAAACAGUAAGGAGGUCAAUAUAUGUAUGAAAUGCCAAGGAACAUUAGAUAACGACAAAGAUCUACAAAUCCGAUCCUUAUACGAAUCAAUAGAAAUUCAUAAGGAACUAGUGGAACAAAGUCAAAGAGAAAGAGAAGAAGCACUGGAACAGCAUGACGAAGCACGUCAAGCAUUACAACAGCAUCAACAACAAUUACAACAAUUACAAUUGGAAAGCCAACAUUUGAAUCAUGAUCUUCAAGUGACAAAACAAGCUUAUCAACGUAUGGAAACCAACUUUUACACACAUAUGUGUGCUAUUCGUGCUACCGAUGAUGAUUUAUCGACGAUUCAACCCGAACUCUGUCAUAUCUUUAGUCAGGUCAACAACUUUUGUAUGGGACUUCGAAGCAAGAUGGAUGAAGUAGCUGGGACUUCUUUUGUCUUGGCACAGUGGCCAGAGAAGGAAGAUUGGAUUAGGCAACAAUGGAUGAACAAAGAAACAACAACAACAACAGAUAACGACAUAGAACAAGAAAAGAAGAAGAUGAAAAAGGAAACCACUAGUUUGGAACCAGCUAUCAUCACAUUAUUUAUUGAAAAGUAUAUUGCCAGUCUAUUGAUCGAUAAGAUUUUGUUGGAACCUAUUCAAUUAGGAGUAUCUAUCAAUCAAGCAUUUGCCCAAUUGGACACAUGGAUGCGAUCUCGACAAAAGAAAGAAUGGUCUACUCGAUUACGACAACAACUCUGUGCCAUGGUGGUUAAGAUGAAAGAUGAUGAAGAAAAAUUAGCUAUGGAAAAGGCUCAAACUGAUUUGGUACAAACUGUCUUGGCAACGUUAGCACCCAUCUAUCCUAAUCAAGAUCAUCCAAUGGAAAAGAAACUCAUGGGUCUAGUGCAGCGGACUUGCAAAUUGGCAGCAGCGAUCAAGGGCCAAGAUGUCGAUAUUCAUCCAAUGAUCCUUCAAGAAUCCAAAUCUGUCUUUGAUCCUCAUCUCAUGAAGGCCGUCAACAAAGGCAAUCCGGAUGGAACUAUCUAUUUGGUCAUUACUCCUCCUUUUAUUGCAGAACAAGAUGCUUCUUCUACUGUUGUUGUUGAUGAUGAUGAUGAUCAACAUCAUCAUGGAUUUCUAGUUCAGGGAAAAGUUUUAUGCUUAUAGAUUAGUUGUUACCACGCAUAUUGAAU